ACUGCUCAACGCUCCCUACAUACUAGAAAAACAUUUUUUUUUACAUUAUUAAAACUCGACAAUAGCGAAAUUUUAAAGUCGAAUUUGCUCGCCUGGUCUGGGGCUCCGUAGCUGCGCGUGCACGUGAAGUGAAAUGAAUUCAAGGAGGAGUUCCGAAGAGCGCCGGGAUGCCGGACAUUUCACGACACUUGUUUUCAUACCGCUAGUUUAACUACUUUUUCUUUUUCAGAUAUGAUUACCCUCUCGUUGUGUUGAAGUUUAUAAUGUUUAUGUUUUCUACUACAGAAACGUUAACCUAGAAGUCGCCCUGUUUUUGCUGUCAGUCGCCGCCUCGAACGCGUCCCCUGGUGUGUGAAGCAAGAAUCUUGGCUAGAGUUUGCUGGUAGAGCACCCGGAUUCGCUGGACUUUCAAGGCCUCAACAGAGCAGACGCACGUGUAGUUUAGAACUUAACCGAGUUAUUAUUGUUAUUAUUAACAAUGUUUGGUUCAUCCAGAGCUGGAGGUGUAAGAGGUGGCCAAGACCAGUUCAACUGGGAUGAAGUGAAAUCAGAUAAACACAGAGAGAACUACCUGGGGAACUCUCUAAUGGCCCCGGUAGGACGUUGGCAGAAGGGAAAGGAUCUCACAUGGUAUGCCAGAGAUAAGCAGGGCCAUGCAACAAAGUCCAGGGAGGAGGAGAUGGCUGCUGUACGGCAGGCAGAACAGGAGGCUAUGAUGGCGGCACUAGGCUACAAAAAUCAGACACGACAGCCUACAGGCCUAACCAAAGAGGACCUGGCAGAUGCUUGCAGACGCGAGGGAGCAGAGGGGGACUCGAAGGACGUGGACCGUGUUUCAGGGCUCGGGAGCUCCAGAUCCAGUACCAGCAAAGUGGUCCUCUCUAAACAGGACAAGGAGGCUGCCAAGCUUGGGUUAUCUAUCUUCACACAUUACAAAGUAGAAGACAGCCAAAAGACUUCUAGCCACAAGAGGGAACUAGAUGUUAAAGAGUCGGAAAGCCAAAGGUCUGAGGGCAAAAAGAAGAGCAGCAAAAAAGAGAAAAAGAGCAAAAAGGAAAAAAAGAAGAAUAAAGAAAAAAAGAAGAAACAUCAAAAGAGAGAGUCAUCCUACUCCCCUGAUUCAGAGUCCGAUGAUGAUCGUAAAAGGAGGAGAAAGCCCCAUCAUCCGUCAUCCUCACGGCAGUUUGGUGCCGGCCGUGGGGACAGUCAUUCAUCAGCGGAGGCUGAGCGGCGGUUCCCCCCCAGUGGCAGGCAGCAGUGCAACGACAGGGACUCAUCCUCCAGCAGGGGGUCCCCUCCUGCAGGGGCCCGCAAGCCUCAGCACCGCGACAGCCGGCAAACGACCAGCUCCCCUCACACACGUGGACACAAGCGCCGCCACGACACCGACUCGGACGAUUAAUUAGGACUGUCACACACAGUGUGGCAAUUAACUGCAAGGGGAAAAAAAGGGAAGUGCAUCAUGCUUAUUGACAUAAAUAGGUACCAACCGCAAUGUCUGGGCAAAUCUGAACAGAAUCAUGUAUCAGGUGUCGUAGAACUUUAGCAUCCCCCACAUGCCCCAUUUCUCAUUGUAAAGUGUUCAAAGUUGACAAAACAAGUAACUCAUCUCUGUGAUCACAGAGAAAAAAAACUUUAACAGAAA